GGUACUUGUCAGGAAGAAACGCCGAGAGGUGGGAGUGCCUGGGGAGGGAGGCAGGCGGUCCCUACCGCAAGCGCGGGGAGCUGCCUUUCCGCCUCUCUGCCUGCUCUCCAAGCCUGGGCUCUUAGGAGUGGCUGAAGCAGCGGAGCGCUUCAGGAGCCUGUGAAUGAACCCUCCUCCUCUUCCUCUUCCUCCUCCUCCUCCUCGAUGAGUCUCCUCCUCGAUGCUGACGGUACAGUGAUAUAAUGAUGAUGGGUGUCACAACCCGCAUUUGAACUUGCAGGCAAGCUGCCCCAAGCCUUUCUGGGGAAGAACUCCAGGCGGGCAGGCGAAGCAGCCGCGAACAUUAAGUGCUGUGGACAGGCGCUGGACCAGCCCCGCAACCUCCCGCAUCCUCCAGCACCAUCCCGCACCCUCCGCACCCAUCCCCAGGCCACCGCGAUUCCUAUGUGAUCCGCCCAGGCAACAACGAACCCAUUCGCGCAGCUCUGCGGUGAAUUGUUUCCCACAAACUGCACUAAGCCGCCUUUCAAGGACAAGAUGUUGAUUAAUAUAAAAAGCAUCUUAUUGAUGUGCUCUACCUUAAUGGCAACCCAUGCACUACAUGAAGUCAAAGUGGAAAAUAGCCCACCUGUUAAGGGGUCCCUCUCUGGAAAAGUCAACCUUCCUUGCCAUUUUUCAACCAUGCCUACCUUACCACCCAGUUACAACACCACCAGCGAAUUUCUCCGAAUCAAAUGGUCUAAGAUUGAAUUGGACAAGAGUGGAAAAGAUUUAAAGGAGACUACUGUUCUCGUGGCUCAAAAUGGGAUUAUCAAGAUUGGCCCGGGCUACAAAGGGAGAGUGUCGGUGCCUACACACCCUGAGGACGUGGGUGAUGCCUCACUCACCAUGGUCAAACUGCUUGCAAGUGACGCGGGCCUCUACCGCUGCGACGUCAUGUAUGGAAUUGAAGACACCCGGGACACGGUGUCGUUGACUGUGAACGGGGUUGUGUUUCACUACAGGGCAGCCACCAGUAGGUACACUCUGAAUUUUGAGAGUGCACAGAAGGCUUGUUUGGACGUUGGAGCAGUCAUAGCAAGUCCAGAGCAGCUCAAUGCUGCCUAUGAAGAUGGAUUCGAGCAGUGCGAUGCAGGCUGGCUGGCUGAUCAGACCGUUAGAUAUCCCAUCCGGACUCCCCGAGAAGGUUGCUAUGGAGACAUGAUGGGGAAGGAAGGUGUCAGGACCUAUGGAUUCCGCUCUUCUCAUGAAACUUAUGAUGUGUAUUGUUACGUGGACCAUUUGGAUGGUGAUGUGUUUCACAUCACUGCUCCUAAUAAAUUAACCUUUGAGGAGGCUAAAGAAGAGUGUGCAAACCAAGAUGCUCGGCUGGCGACAGUUGGGGAGCUCCAGGCGGCUUGGAGGAAUGGUUUUGACCAGUGCGAUUACGGGUGGCUGAUGGACGCCAGUGUUCGCCACCCUGUGACUGUGGCCAGGUCCCAGUGUGGAGGUGGUUUACUUGGGGUGAGAACCCUGUAUCGUUUUGAGAACCAGACAGGCUUCCCUUCCCCUGAUAGCAGAUUUGAUGCCUACUGCUUUAAACCUAAACAGAAUAUAUCAGAGGCUACAAGCAUCGAUCUGAAUAUCCUUACAGAAACUGCAUCACACAGUUUAUCCAAAGAACUACAAAUGGUACCUGACAGAAAUAUACCAGUCACCCCUUUAAUCACUGACUUACCCAUCAUUACAACAAAGUUAACUUCUGUGGGAAAUAUAGUCCAUUUUGAACAGAAAUUCACAGCUCGGCCUCCAGCUGUCAUACACAGAUUAGCCACAGAAACACCCACACCUGCUGUGAGUACCGAGAAGCCUUGGGAUGAGGACUAUUACUCACCCUCUGCUGUAGGAACACUUGGAAAGCCAGAUGUACCUGAAGUUAAGGAAGAAGUGUCCCAAAGUACAACUGUCAUCUAUGAUCAUGCUACUGAUUCAUGGGAUGGCAUCACAGAAGACAUACAAACACAAGAAUCAGUUACACAAGUUGAACAAAUAGAAGUGGGUCCCUUGGUAACAUCUAUGGAAAUCUCUAAGCAUAUUACUUCCAAAGAAUUCCCUGUAACAGAAACACCGUUUGUAUCUACAGCAAUGACCCUGGAAUCCAAAACUGAAAAGAAAACAGAAAGUGAUACUUCUGAAUCAGUGACCACAACCCAAGAAGAUGGUGGUGAAGACAGAGCAUUUAUAGUUAGACCUGGCCAGAGCACCUCGGUCUUUAGCCAAAUACCUGAAGUCAUCACGGUGUCAAAGACUUCAGAAGACACCUCCCCAACUCUGUUAGAGGAUGCGAAGUCAGUCUCAGCAUCAACGAUUGUCUCACCUGUAGCUGUGCCUGACAGUGAUGAUUCAUCCAAGGACAACUGGGAAGAAAAGCAAAUUAAUGGUAAGAAAACUGAAGAUUUUUUUGGCCAGUAUGUAUCCACCACACCUUUCCCAUCACAGCAUCAUACAGUUGUAGAAUUGUUUCCUUAUUCUGGUGAUAAAAUAUUAGCUGAGGUAAUACCCACAGUUAUUCAUCCCUCUCCAUACACAGAAAUGACACAAGGAAGAGAAAGAACAGAAACACCAGUACCAGAGAUGAGAACAGAUACUUAUGCCAAUAAUGCAAUACAGGCAAAGAUCACCAAAGAUCCAUUUAUGGGAAAAAGAGAGGACGAAGGCUUCUCUGGAAUGAAGUUCCCCACAGCUUCCUCAGAGCAAAUUCAUCUUACAGAGUCCUUGGUGGAAAUGACCACAUCCUUUGAUUCGCCAGUACUGACACCAACAAAGCUGAGUGUGGCACCAACAGAGGCAAGAGAUGUGGAGGAAGACUUUACAAGAACUCCAGUUGGAUUAGAAACAGAUGGCUAUCAAGAUACUACCAAGUAUGAUGAGGGUGUUACAACAGUCCAUUCGGCCCACAGCACUUUAAAUGUGGAGGUAGUCACUGUAUCGAAAUGGUCACGGGGUGAAGAUAAUACAACCUCAGUGCCGUUAGGGUCCACAGAACAGACAGGCUCUCUAAAAUUGCCCCCUGCCCUACACACAACUGCAGAAGUGAGUGGGAAGGAUGAAGACAUCUCGAGUUCCACUCAGGAUGGAGAUGAAUUUACUCUUAUCCCAGAUAGUAUUCAAAAACCAUUAGAGAAGUUUACUGAGGAAGACCCAGCAGAUCAUGAGAAAUCCACAGUUAGGUUUCAGCCCACUACAUCAAUUAGCAUUACAGAAAAGUCAACUUUGAGAGAGUCUACCACCAAAGAAAGAGAUCUACCUGUCCCGUACACAGAAGGUCAAGCUGCCCAGGCAACCGUAGAAGGAAGUACUUUGGAUGAAGGAAAAGAUACGCAUGUCUCUAAGCCUGUAGCUACUGUCCCCCAGUUCGCACACACUUCAGAUGUGGAAGGAUCAGCAUUUGUUAAUCAUGGCCACACCCACAAGCCUACUACUUAUGCACACACUUCCCAUACCGUUCCUCUUUCUCUAAUUCCCAAGACAGAAUGGGGAGUGUUGGUACCUUCUGUUCCACCAGAAGGUGAGUUUCUAGGUGAACCCUCUCAAGACAUACAUGCCAUUGGUCAGACUAUUUCUCCCGAAACUAUAAGAACACCGCCAGGCAUUACCCAGGGAAAAACUCAGGAAGAAUUCCCUUGGAAAGAUCAGACUCCGGAGAAGCCAGUUCCUGCUCCUGGUUCCACAGCCAGCACAGCCAGGGAGGUAAUGGCACCUUGGGAUGAACAGGAAAGUGAUGGGUCAGUAUAUACUGUCUCUGAAGACCGAGUAGUGACAAGUUCGGAGAGAGUCCCCAUUUUAGAAACAACUCCCAUCGGAAAAAUUAAACACACGAUGUCUUAUCCACCUGGGGCUAUCACUGAGCACAAAUCAAAAGCAGACAAAGUGGUAACACUAACACCAAGCAUGGGGCCCAAGAUAUUUUUAAGCCCAAGGGCUGAACAAAAGUAUGAAACAGAAGGUACUAGCCCAAGGGGAGUUGUGUUGCCUUUAAGCACCAGUGAUACCCAGCUUAUGGAAGAAACUACUACUGAGAAAAGAGAGAAAACACCCUUAGAUUAUUUUGAUUUAGGCUCAGGAUUACUUGAAAAGCCCAAAGCCACAGAACUCCCAGAAUUUCCAGCACUGAAAACCACAGUUCCAAGUGAGAUCGCUGUUGCCUCCAGUUCAGCAGACACACUUCACAGAGCUCCAGCCUUCAUGCCAUCUUCAGCCUCCACUGAGACGCCACCUCUCACUGACAGGGAGCCCUGUGAAGGAACAACCAGUGACAUGGUCAUCAAGGCAGAAUCAACAUCUCAUGUUCCUCCCACCACCCUUGAAGAUACUGUAGCCAAGGAAAUGGAAACUGACAUUGAUAAAGAGUAUUUCACAACUUCAAGUCCUCCUUCUGUUACACAGCCACCAAGACCACCCACUGUGGAAGGCAAAGAGGCCUUCAGACCUCAGGCACUCCCUACUCCAAAACCCCCAACAGGGACAAAACUCCGCACUGAUAUAAAUAUUUAUAUUAUUGAGGUCAGAGAAAACAAGACAGGUCGAAUGAGUGAUUUGAGUGUAAUUGGUCAUCCAAUAGAUUCAGAAUCUAAAGAAGAUGAACCUUGUAGUGAAGAAACAGAUUCAGAGCACGACCUAAUUGCUGCGAUUUUACCCGAGUUAAUUGACCUAGAUCUGUACCACAGUGAAGAAGAUGAAGAAGAAGACGAGGACUGUGCAAAUGCUACUGACCUAACAACCACCCCAUCAGUGCAGUACAUAAAUGGGAAACACCUAGUCACCACAGUGCCCAAGGACCCAGAGGCGGCAGAAGCCAGGCGUGGCCAGUUUGAAAGUGUUGCACCUUCUCAGAAUUUUUCAGACAGCAGUGAGAGUGAUGCUCAUCCUUUUCUCAUGGCCGAAACUGGAUCAUCUACUGCUGUGCGACCAAAUGAAUCUAAAGAAACAACUGAAUCGCUUGAAAUGACAUGGAAGCCUGAGAUUUACCCUGAAACACCAGAACGUUUCUCAAGUGGUGAGCCUGAUGUGUUCCCCACAGUCCCAGUGCGUGAAGGACAAGCCACAGAGGGACCAGAAUCAGCCACGGAGAAAGGUCCUGAACUUGAUCAUCUGGUACCUGAUCAUACUGAACCUGUACCUCCGUUUCCUGAAGAGUCUUCAGGAGAUGCUGCCAUUGACACAGAAUCCCCAGAAAUGAUCUUUCCAAGGGUUACAGAAGUAACAUUUGGCGAAGAAGCAGAACAAAGUACUUCUAUCAUAUAUACCCCAAGUACAGUUCCAAGUUCUAUGUCAACAAAUGUUCUGGAGGAAGUAUCUGUUACAUUAGCAGGAAAGACCCAGCCUGCUGACCCAUUGUCCACUGUGGGGAAUUGGUUGGAAAUAACCUCUGGGCAAAUUGUAGAGCUCUCUGGGAGUCCUUCGAUUCAUAUUCCAGACGGCUCUGGGGAAGCAGAAGAAGAUAAAGAUAAAAUGUUCACAGUGGUAACUGAUUUAUCACAGAGAAAUACUACAGAUACUGUAGUUACUUUAGACACUGGCAAGAUAAUAAUCACAGACAACAUUUUUGAUGUUCCUGCAACUGCCGUUUACUUGGUUUCUGAACAACCUUCUACAGAAGUAGUGCCCACCAAAUUUGUAAGAGAAGCAGACACUUCUGAGUGGGAUUUCAGUACCUCUCUUGAGGGAAAGCACAGGAAAGAUGAGGAGGAGGGAACUGUAGGUACAAUGACUACAGUUCAGCCACAUUUGCCCACACAGAGAUCAGAUCAAUUAAUUUUACCCUCUCAAUUAGAAAACUUAAAUGAAGCUACAUCUAGUGAUUCAGCAUCUGCUACCAGGAACAGUUUUAUAUCCUGGACAACACCCACGCAGUCUGAAAGGGAAAUGACGAAAUCUAAUCUUGUCUUUACAGAAGCAAAUGUUUUAGACAAUCUGAGAGCAGAGAUGAGUGAACCCAGCGGUAGCAAUCAAUCUGGGGUUCAGAAAGGGCUGUUCUCCAUCCUGGGUAACCCCUCCCCUCCUUUUAUGGAGCAGAGCUCUAGAGAAGCUGCUGCUGACCUAGGGACCACCACUGUCUCUUCAUUUUCAUUACAUUUAGAGCCUGAAAUUCAAAUUAUAAAAGAAAUGGCUGGUACCUCAUCUCCCCAUGUAGAAACUGUAUUCCCUUUUGAGCCAACAGGGCUAGUGAUGGACAGAGAGGUUACUGAAGUUGUCAGCCAAACAUCUGAGAAAAACCUUGUAUCAGAGAUUUUAGGAGAGCCAGAUCAUGGGAUGGAAAUAAAGGGCUUUUCUACAGAUUUUCCUUUGGAGGAAGAUUACAGUGGUGACUUUAGAGAAUACUCAUCAGUAUCUAAUCCUGUAACAAAAGAAGAAACAGUGAUGAUGGAAGGCUCCGGAGAUGCGGCAUUUAAAGAUACUCAGAUUUUACCAUCAGCAAUACCUACUUCAGCUCACAUCCAUCACAGAGCUGACACAGAAGGACCCGGUAACAUCUUGGUCAGCACGUCAGCCUACCCUUGGGAGGAGUUCACAGCCUCAGCUGAGGGCUCCGGGGAGCAAGUGGUCUCAGUCAACAGCUCUGUUGACCAAGUGUUUUCCAGUGCAGUGGGAAGUGUUCUUGGUACAGAAUCCCCAUUUAUUUACCAAGUUUCGGGAGAGGAAGGUACUAUUGAGGAAGCUGAUAAGAGAUCCACUGUUUUACCAAGAGUAGAAUCUGAAAGUACUGAAGCUUCAACAGAAAAGGGGGAGAUAAAUGUCGAUGGCUUGGUUUCAACAGACUUUUCCCAGACGAUGGAGCCAACCAAACUGUGGUCCAGGCAAGAAGUGAAUUCUGUAAGACAAGAAGUUGAAAACAAAACAGCAUCAGAGAAAAAGACUCAAGAUCAAAAAUCUUUGGAAUCUUCUCAAAGCUCUGUUGCACCAGAACAAACAAUUUUUGAUUCACAAACAUUUAUUGAAACUGGAUUUAGAACUGCAGGUUAUUCUACACUAACAACCAAGAAAACGUAUCAUACUGAUAAAGAAAUGGAGGAGGAGGAAGGCAUUUCCUUAGUUGACAUGUCCACUCCACAUCCAGGUUCAAAGGAUGUGGAACUCUAUACUACUCUCCCUGAAGUUACUGAAAAAUUCCAGUUUUUCUUAGCUACUGCCUCAGUGACUGAAUCUAUAUUAACUGAAAGCAUAGUUACAGAUUCAUCAAUCAAACACGAAGAAAGCGUCGAACGCUUUCCCAAAGUUACGAGACCAAUAAUUAAAGAGUCAGAUACUAAUGUAUUCUCUGGCCUGGGAUCAGGAGAAGAAGUUUUGCCUACUAAAAUAUCAGUGGAUUUUACUGAAAUGGAACAAAUCAUUAGCACAUUAUAUCCCCAGACUUCUGAAGUGGAAAGUUUAGAAACUAGCAUCUCAAGUGAUACCACUGAAGACUAUGAGGGAAUGGAAAAUGCAGCAAAGGAGGUUAGAUCACCCUUUUCUAAAACAGACAGCAUCUCUGAAGAUAGUGAAACAGCAUCCAGCACAACCUCACUAGAAAUUUUAAGUGACACCAGGACAGAAGGACCCUCUAUAGCAACUCUUACUUUCUCCGUAGACACUAAACAUCCUCAAAAUCAGACUCACAGUUGGGAAGAAGAAAUUCAGAGUAGCCAACCACAACCCACUCUUGAAGAAGUCUCUAACAAGAAUUCUUCAGUAGCAGAAACUAGGGAGACAACAACCUCUUCCACUGAUUUUCUGGCUAGAACUUAUGGUCUUGGAAUGACCAAAGGAUCUGUUACAUCAGCACCAGAACCAUCUGACUUGUUUUAUGAACAUUCUGGAGAAGGAUCUGGGGAAUUGGAUAUAGUUGAUUUAGUCCACACUUCUGGAACUACUCAGGCAACCAGGCAAGGAAGCACCACAUUUGUUUCUAAUAGAUCCCUGGAAAAAUAUCCUGAGGUCUCAAGUCCUAAAGCUGUUAAUGCUGACGGAUUCCCAACAGUUUCGGUGGUGAUGCCUCUUCAUUUAGAGCAGAACGAAAGCUCCACAGAUCCAACUACCACGCCAUCAAAUACAAUGUCAUAUAAGAGGUCCACAGAAGGUGCAGAUAGUUUCCAAGACCAUUACAGGGAAUUUGAGGAUUCCACCUUGAAACCUGACAGAAAAAAAGCCACUGAAAAUAUUAUUAUAGAUCUGGACAAAGAGGACAAGGAUUUAUUACUGACAAUUACAGAGAGCACUGUCCUUGACAUUCUACCUGGGCUGACAUCGGAUAAAAAUACUAUCAUAGAUAUUGAUCACACUAAACCUGUGUAUGAAGACAUCCUUGGAAUGCAAACGGAAAUAGAUCCAGAGACACCGGCAGGACCACAUGGCAAUACUGAAGAAAGUGCUCAAAUUCAAGAGAAGUACGAGGCAGCUGCUAACCUUUCCUUAACUGAGGAAAACUUAGAAGGUUCUGGUGAUAGUCUUCUGGCUAUUUAUACUCAGGUAGGGCAUAAUGAAUCCAUGAUUUCUGAAGACAGAAACCAAUUUGAUUCCAUGGGCUUUAUCUUAACAACCGAGAUCCCCAUCCCAAGCACAGAAACAGAAUUAGAUAUUUUACCUUCCACAGCAACAUCCCUGCCCAUUCCUAGUAAGUCUGCCACAGUUCAUCCAAAUACUGAAGAACCAAAAACUGAAGCAAAAGCCCUGGAAGAUAUCUUUGAAUCAAGCACUUUGUCUGAUGGUCAAGCUAUUGCAGACCAAAGUGAAGUAAUAUCAACAUUGGGUCAUUUGGAAAGGACACAGGAAGAGUAUGAGGAAAAGAAAUAUCUAGGCCCUUCUUUCCAGCCAGAGCUCUCUUCAGGAGCUGGGGAGGCACCAACAGAUUCUACCCCCCACGUAAGUAUUAGUACUGUCCACCCUAUGGCUCAGAGUUUAACAGAAGCACCUAAUGUGGUGGAAGAAUCUAAUCCCUCAGAUUACACCGAUACAACAUCAUCACUUUUGGCCUUUGAAAAGUUGUCCUCUGAGAUACCGUCAUCUCCGUUCACUGUCCAUUUAGGCAACGGAGCCUCUGAACACACAGAGGGCCCUCAGCCAAGUGCUCUGCCCGGAGUAGGUGCCAGCACAUCUCGAAUGUCCCCAGGAAAAUUUGCAAAUAUUGAAAUGAAUUUCAAACCAUCAAGUGAAGAGUACUUUCACAUAACUGAGCCUCCUUCCUUACCUUCUGACACAGAACUAGAGCUUUCUGAAGCUGAAAAUAAAUCUACUUUAUCAGAACAAAUGGAAGCUUCUCCCACAGAACUAACUGUUGUAGAAGGAACUGAGAUUCUCCAAGAUUCCCCAAACAAAACCAACGUUCAACUUUCUGGAGAAAUGAUCGAGGUAUUUUCUAGUAAGAGAACACCUGAGGCUGGAAGUAUUGUCACAGCUGCAGGGGAAAUUAAGUUAGAAGGUGCUACACUGUGGCCACACUCUAGUUCUGUUUCUGCAGCUUAUGGGGCUGAGGCAGGUGUGGUGCCUCAGCCCAGCCCACAGACUUCUGGGAAGCCCACUGCUCUUUCCUCUCUGGAAAUAAACUCUGAAACACAAGCAGCUUUGAUCAGAGAGCAGGAUUCCACAGUAGCAGCAUCAGAGCAGCUCGUACCAGCGAUAAUUCUUGACUCCAAUAAUCAGGCAACAGUACGCACUGCAGAGUUAAAUAUUUCUCUUCCAACACCAUCACUUUACUUUCUGAAAACUUCUAAUGAAACCCGUUUCCUGAUUGACAUGAAUGAAGAGUCAGUGGAAGGCACAGCAGUCUAUUUACCAGGACCUGAUCGUUGCAAAACGAACCCGUGCCUUAAUGGAGGCACUUGCUAUUCUACUGAAAUUUCCUAUGUGUGCACCUGUGUGCCAGGAUACAGUGGUGACCGCUGUGAACUCGAUUUUGAUGAAUGUCACUCUAACCCCUGUCGCAAUGGAGCCACAUGUGUUGAUGGUUUUAAUACAUUCAGGUGCCUCUGUCUCCCCAGCUAUGUCGGUGCACUUUGUGAGCAAGACACCGAGACAUGUGACUACGGCUGGCACAAAUUCCAAGGGCAGUGUUACAAGUACUUUGCCCAUCGACGCACGUGGGAUGCAGCUGAGCGGGAGUGCCGUCUACAGGGCGCCCACCUCACAAGCAUUCUCUCUCAUGAAGAACAAAUGUUUGUGAAUCGCGUGGGCCAUGACUACCAGUGGAUAGGCCUCAAUGACAAGAUGUUUGAGCAUGACUUCCGCUGGACUGAUGGCAGCACACUGCAAUAUGAGAACUGGAGGCCCAACCAGCCCGACAGCUUCUUUUCUUCUGGAGAAGACUGUGUGGUCAUCAUUUGGCAUGAGAACGGCCAGUGGAAUGAUGUUCCCUGCAACUACCAUCUCACCUAUACUUGCAAGAAAGGAACAGUUGCUUGCGGCCAGCCCCCUGUUGUAGAAAAUGCCAAGACCUUUGGAAAGAUGAAACCUCGUUAUGAAAUCAACUCCCUGAUUAGAUAUCACUGCAAAGAUGGUUUCAUUCAACGCCACCUUCCAACUAUUCGUUGCCUAGGAAAUGGAAAAUGGGCCAUGCCUAAAAUUACCUGCAUGAACCCAUCUGCAUACCAAAGGACUUAUUCUAAGAAAUACUUAAAAAAUUUCUCCUCAUCAAAGGACAAUUCAAUAAAUGCAUCAAAACACGAGCACCGUUGGACCCGGCGGUGGCAGGAGUCGAGGCGCUGAUCCCUAAAAUGGCGAACAUGUGUUUUCAUCAUUUCAGCCAAAGUCCUAACUUCCUGUGCCUUUCCUAUCACCUCAAGAAGUAUUAUCAGUUGGUCUGGAUUUUUGGACCGCUGUCCAGUCAUUUUGGGUUGCUGCGCUCCCAAAACAUUUUCAAUGAGAGCAUUGGCAUUUAAAAAGAAAGCAAGCAAGAUGAAAGAAAAUGAGGGCAGAGAGUAACCAUUUGCAGCCUAUCUGAUUUCUUGGGUUUCUACUUGCCUCCAGUGCAGAUCAUUUUCUAAUGUAUACCAGCCUACUGUACUAUUUAAAAAGCUCCAUUUCAGCACCAAUGGCAAUGUAAAUAAGAUGAUUUAAUGUUGAUUUUAAUCCUGUAUAUAAAAUAAAAAGUCACACUGAGUUCUGGCAUAUUUAAUGAUGAUUAUGGAGCAUUAGAGGUCUUUCAUCAUUGGUUUGGCUGCUUUUGGUAGUUUGUUUAGGCUGGAAAUGGUUUCACUUGCCCUUUGACUGUCAGCAAGACUGAGGACGGCUAUUCCUGGACAACUAACAAAUACACAGUCUCGUGGGUCACGCUGCACCGUCUCAGCUGUAGGUGCAGUUGGCUUCCCUGUGCCGCUAAAGCCGGGCUAAUGGGAUCCCGAUGGAACGAGGGACUGCAAUGUGGACCUCCUCUUUGCUGCAUCCCUUUUUCUUCACUUACAAGAAAGGCCUGAAUGGAGGACUUUUCUAUGACCAGGAGCAUUUUUUUAGGGGUCAAAGUGCUAAUUAUUAACUCAACCAGGUCUACUUUUUAAUGGCUUUCAUAACACUAACUUUGCAAGGUUCCAGAUCAACACAUUUCAAAUGGGUAUAGAUCCAGGGCUCUGGAGGGUGGGGGAUUGUUAAAACAACAACACACAUUCAAAGAAAAAAAUUGUAUAUAUAACCAUUUUAAUCUUUUAUAAAGUUUUGAAUGUUCAUGUAUGAAUGCUGCAGCUGUGAAGCAUACAUAAAUAAAUGAAGUAAGCCAUACUGAUUUAAUUUAUUGGAUGUUAUUUUCCCCCAAACCUGAAAAUUAACAUAGUAUGCUAGCUAUUUUUCAGUGUUAGCCUUUGUACUUCUCUCACACAGUUUGGAACCAUACACUCUUAGGUACUUUGUCCCUGAUUCAAUAAUGUGAUGGAUAGAAUGCAUCAAGUGUUUAUUACAGAAAGCGUGGAAACGUGUAUAGCUUUCAGCGAAUGGUGUUUGCCCAUUCCAAGCAAGAAACAUAUAUAUAGAAAUAGUUAGGUGUAUGUGUUAAAAUGUCUUCCUAUCUCUUACCACUCAUUUUCUCCUCUUUAUUUGAAUAAAGUGACUGCCGAAGAUGACUUUGAAUUAUUAUCCAAUUAAUUUAAUGUUUAAGUAAAAAUCUGUAAUGGAAAGAAGGCAUUUAGGAGUCUAUCCCUAAUUUCAGUUAGAAUGAUCUUGAGAAAAGUAGACAGCGUAAGAAUUGCAAAUAGCAAAAGAACAGCCUCAGCAAUAAUUCUUUUUCAUAAAACCUUUGCUUAGAAGUAACCACGGUAGCUACAAUCAUUCACACUGUCUGUGCAAGUUUCCCUGGUUGCUGCAUUAACUGUAAUCCACCGCUGAGUGUUCCAUAGCACAGAACAACAUUGUGUCAGCCUAUCAGUUUUUCAUUUUUCCUCUUUCAUUACGAUGCACAUAAUACAUUCCUGUAUUUAUAUUAUAUCAUGUAUAGUGUAAAAUGUGAAUGAUUGUGGGUUUUUUGUGAAUGAAAAUCUAAAAUCUUUGUAACUUUUUAUACCUGCUUUUGUUUCACCAAAGAAACCUAAAGUCCUUCUUUUA